GUGGACCUGUAGGACUGACCCUACCUGGUCACGGACCUGUAUAACCGUGCCCACGUUCUCAGUGGUGGACCUGUAGGACUGACGCUAUGUGGUCACGGACCUGUAUAACCGUGCCCACGUCCUCAGUGGUGGACCUGUAGGACUGACCCUAUGUGGUCACGGACCUGUAUAACCGUGCCCACGUUCUCAGUGGUGGACCUGCUGUCGACCGGCGAGGGCCAGGCCGCUCGCGUCGCAGGGGCGCUCGCCGACAUCCGCUCUCGCGACGUCGUGAACUUCGCGACCGUGUUCCGCCUCUCCCCGCACGCCGGGGGCUCGCUCGUCGGGAUCUACUCGCGAGCCAAUGGGACCAAGCACCUGGAGGUUAUCCUGGCCGGCAGGGUCAACAAAGCGGCCGUGCGCUACCUCAAGGCCGACGGGACGCCUCACCUCGUCACCCUGGACCGCGUGGCGGUGGCCGACGGCAAGCGGCACUCGCUGCUCGUGCGCCUCGAGGGCCUGCAGGGCGGCCACGCCACCGUGAGCCUCUUCGUCGACUGCCGCCUCGUCGACUCGGCCGUGGGGUUGCCUCCGAUCCUGCGCUCGCUGCCCGGCGACGCGAGUCGGCUGACCAUCCGCACGGGGCAGCUCUCGGCCUUUCGCGUGCAGGGCUCUCUGCAGGAGAUGAAGCUGGUCCUGGGAGGGUCCCUCGCAACUGUUGCCAGUAUGCAAGGUUGCUCGCAUCAGGCAGAUGACAACACACUGCUCAACACAGACGACCAGAGCGCCCGACUGCUGAUCAAUGAGAUGGCGAAGCUCACACAAGUCUUGCGGGAGCUGCGUGAAAACGUCCAGCAGCAGGUGAAGGGCGGAGUCAGUCGAGAAGCUCCGGGAACCAUCCCGAAGGGUCUAGAAGGUUCUGGAAAGGGAGCGUGGCCAGAGGUGGAGCUUGGCCACGCCAGGCAGAUAUCAGGAGCCCCGAACGAGCCGGCGCUGAAUAUGCUCGGAAUGCCUCUCUUUGUGUUGUUGUUUUUUGUUGUUUUUGUCGUCGUAUUUAAUAACGUGCCGCUUUUAUUCAUCUCUCUCUCUCUCCCCACCUUCUCCGUGCAGAUAACAGAAAUGGCUCUGCUAAAAAAUGUGAUCCAAGGGUGCAGAGCGUGCGACGCUGGGGUUGACUCGGGGAGGCUGCGGUGCGACAGGCAGCCGUGUUCCCGCGGCGUCGCGUGCACCGACACGGAGCACGGAUUCCGCUGCGGGCCCUGCCCGGACGGCCUCACCGGGGACGGAGUGCGGUGCACCGAUGUGGACGAGUGCGCGGGGGCCAAGCCCUGCUUCGUGGGGGUGGAGUGCUCGAACGCGUUCCCGGGCUACGAGUGUGGGCCCUGUCCCGCGGGCUACACGGGCACAGCCACCUCGGGGCUCGGCCUAGCCCAGGCGAAUGCCCGGCCCCAGGUUUGUCACGACAUCGACGAGUGCCACGACGGGAAAAACGGCGGCUGCGUGGACAACUCCAUCUGCAUUAACACCAAGGGGUCAUUCCAGUGUGGGCCCUGCGGGGACGGGUUCGUGGGAGACCAGAGGGUCGGGUGUCGGCGUGGGCACGGCUGUUCCGGGGCCCACAGAGCGCCCUGCAAUGAGCAGGGCGUGUGCGUCACCACCGACAACGGAUCCACCUCCUGCCAAGUAAAGAUUGCAGUGCAAAUCACAAUCAGCAGCACCGUCAUCAUCAGCACCACCAGGGCCUCAUGUCUCACUGAAUAUCUACCAGCCUGUGACAGAAUCGGACGGAUUUCGUCCGAUUGUCGUCAGAUCUCGAAAGCUAAGCAGGGCCGAGUCUGGAUAGUCGCGCUUGGAUGUGUGGCCAAGCGUGCGGACGAGGCAGGUGCAGACGGAAGCGCUGUGUGCAGGCGUGGGCAGUGCAUUGAAAUCCUUUGUUCUGCCCUCUCACCCCACCCCACCUUCAAGUCGCAGUCGCAAGUUCACUCACCGUGGCAGCCGGGGCAGCUUCCCGAGCUCAGUGAGUGCAGGGUGGGCUGGGCUGGAAAUGGCUUCGUUUGUGGAAUCGACACUGACUUGGACAGCUAUCCUGAUGAAGAUCUGAGCUGCAAGGACAGCAACUGCAGGAAGGACAACUGCCGCCUGACGCCCAACUCGGGACAGGAGGACGCGGAUGGCGAUGACGUCGGGGAUCAGUGUGACCCCGAUGGAGAUGGUGAUGGCAUCACCAACGAAGAGGACAACUGCCGGCUGGUGCCGAACCCCGACCAGCGCGACACGGACGACGACGGCUUCGGCGACGCCUGCGACAACUGCCCGGCCGUCUCGAACCCCGACCAGCACGACGCGGACCGCGACGGGCACGGCGACGCCUGCGACAGAGACGUGGACGGGGACGGGAUUCCCAACAUUCUGGACAACUGCCCGCGAGACGUGAACCCUGAUCAGCUGGACAGGGACUCGGACGGCGUGGGCGACCAGUGCGACAGCUGCCCCAACGUCAGCAAUCCCACCCAGGCCGACAUGGACGACGACUUAGUCGGAGACAUUUGCGACACAAACGAGGACAGCGACGGGGACGGAGUGCAGGACAACCGAGACAAUUGUCCCGAGGUGGCCAACAGCUCGCAGCAGGACACGGACGGGGACGGCCUGGGCAACGAGUGCGACGACGACGACGAUGGCGACGGAGUCCGCGACAGCGACGACGACGGCGACGACGACGCCCCGCCUGGGCCCGACAACUGCCGGCUGGUGCCCAACCCCGGGCAGGAGGACGGAAACCGCAACGGCGUGGGGGACGCGUGCGAGGGCGACCUGGACAACGACCACGUGCUCGACGCGGUCGACGUGUGCCCCGAGAACGAGCACGUGGCCCGCACCGACUUCCGUGCCUUCCAGACCAUCGUGCUCGACCCGGAGGGCGACGCGCAAAUCGACCCCCAGUGGCUCGUCCUCAACCAGGGACGGGAAAUUGUACAAACAAGAAACAGCGACCCUGGACUUGCGGUAGGCUUCACCGCCUUCAACGGCGUGGACUUCGAGGGCACCUUCCACGUGAACACCGUGGCCGACGACGACUACGUGGGCGUCGUCUUCGGCUACCAGGACAGCUCCAGUUUCUACGUGGUCAUGUGGAAGCAGGUGGAGCAGGCCUACUGGCAGUCGACGCCAUUCAGAGCCAUCGCCAAACCGGGCCUGCAGCUCAAGGCAGUGAAGUCGAGGACGGGGCCCGGGGAGAAUCUCCGCAACGCGCUGUGGAACACGGGCGACACGGACGGCCAGGUGGCGCUCCUCUGGAAAGACCCACGCAGCGUCGGCUGGAAGGACCGCACCUCCUACCGCUGGCACCUGACACACCGUCCGCAGGUCGGCUACAUCCGGGUGGUGCUGUACGAGGGCUCGGAGGUGGUGGCUGACUCCGGGGUGGUCAUUGACACGACGAUGCGUGGUGGCCGUCUCGGCGUCUUCUGCUUCUCCCAGGAGAACGUCAUCUGGUCCGACAUACACUUCCGCUGCAACGACACGCUUCCUCGUAACUUCAAUACUUACUUUCGCAAGAGGAAGAACAUGGCCCGGAAUGGUCGGAUGUGAGCCCAGGACAAACAUCAUAUGAAUCAACAUGAAUCGUGUGUGUGUGUGACCAUACAAGCUAUUCAUAUUCUGUCGCUUUAGAAUUUUCUGGCGUUAUUGGACCCUGAUCUGAAUGUACAAGACAAACAAUGAUGUAAUAUUGUUACGUGAAUAUAAAUCAUCCCUAUAAGAUGGCCGUAUUUUGUAUGAUGUGAGGACAGUAAUGUGAACUUGUGUUGACCUGCACAGUAGUCGCUAGAGAGAGAGAGGAUGACUCAGAAGCGUGAGGAGGAAUCUCAGACAAAUGGAAAGGUAACAGCAGCCACGCGAUGAACUGGCGAUACGAACAAUUGAAUCAUUUGGCGGGACCCCAGGGUCCCGCAAAAAUCAGGUCAAUAAUUAUUAUUUUUCAUUCCGCCCACUCGUGAUCCCGACAACAACGCGCCGCCCGCCCAGACUCGCGCCAACAAGCGCCAGCAGGCGGCGAUCAACACGAUGGGCGCCACCCCACCGGCCAAACGCAAGCCCGGGGAGCGUCCGCCGCAGUUACGCGUGGCGACAACGCCCUCCGGUCAGCCGUCGAUCCUCGGCUUCUUUGCCAAGGCGAGCCCGCCCCCGCAGUAAAUUUAACGUGUUUAUGUAAUUUUUCAACUUUUUACGAAACUUAGUGCCCC